CUGCUCACAAAUGCCAUGUUUUAUACCGAAACUGGACAACGCGUAAAGAAAUAAACAACUAGAGAGAUGAAUGAUUUUCACCAUCUUAUCACACAAUAAUCUGCAUUUUAAGACUCAAAUAUCUGAACCGAUAUCAAUAUGGGCGGCGACAGGAUUCCGUCUCUCAGUAGUCUCGACCGACCCGAGAACUACAAAGACCUGCUUAAAGACGAGGCUGAUGACUGCCUAGGCUGCAGAAUAAUAGGGAGCGGCGCAUUUGUCGGCCUGGGAGCGUACAGCUACUUUUCAGGCAUGUCGCAGCUAGAGAAGCAGAAAGCUCUGAUAUUGAAGAGCAAAUCUCCCUUCGGAAUGCGCAGUCGCAAGUUUGGAAUCACCGGGCUGUCUCUGACUCUGGUAUAUAUGGGUAUUUGGAGAUGGACGCACUGAGAGACGAAAGGUUCCAGGACUGUUUUUGUUGUUUACUCAUUGAGGAUCAAGCGACAUGUGAGAAAAGGGCGACAAACUGCAUAGCGAUUCUCCCUCGACUUUGUACGAUAUUGUCUGUAUUAUAAACUCUCCAACGAUUGAACGCAUCAUGUGUAUCAAUUACCAAGUGUUGAUAGUUUGCAUUGAAAGGAGAUGUAGCUGUGGUGGUGGCCCCCUUUUUUUCUUUUUUUUUUUUUUUUCUCGACGCGCAACGCGGAACGCUAAGUUUGGUGUUUUCAC